GGCUUCGUUUCACUAGAUGUCUCUUAUGUGUGUAGAUCUACAAGAUGGCACACAUCAGGAUUAAAUUCCCGGAAAGAAAACAUUAUUCUAGAUCUACACCAAUGGUUUAAAUCAUUAAGUUAUAGUUAGACUUGCUUGUAACAUACUCAACUCUAAAAUGAGUAUUAAGGCUUUUGAACUUGUUUCCGCCAUAGAGCGGGUCAAAUUAAUGUCCGAUAAAGCCAAAACACAGAUUGAAUGCCUUGAUGUGUGUGGGAAAAAUAUGUAUAUAGGAACCAGUGAUUGUUUUGUGGUCCACUACAGUAUCGAGGAAAAAACUCAGUCUAACGGAAGAGUUACUUUUAUAACUGAAAAACAAGGUCAUAAGUUUUUACUUGUGAAAAAGCCAGUGGUACAGUUACGAGGAGCCUCUGCCUUGAAUCGUAUCAUGGUUCUUUGUGAUAACACUCUCACCUUGCUCAAUAUGUUUGAUUUAGAACCAAUUGUUACCGGUGCCAAAGUGAAAGGCGUUGUGUGUUUCUGUAUUAAUGAAAAUCCACUUCGAACCAAUCCUUUCAGUGUUGAGAUCUGUGUGGCUCUAAAGAAGAAAGUUAUCCAGUUGUACACAGUGACUGAAGACAGACUCAUACAUCUGAGAGAUGUGAAUGUACCAGAUCUGCCUCUGUCUCUGGGAGUCGAUGGAAUAUUUGUUUGUGCUGCAUUGACCUCGCAAUAUUGCAUGAUUGACAUGGAUGGGGGUCACAUCACAGAGCUGUUCCCUAUUGAUUCUGAACAAAUUCAUCCCGUAAUCAAACGAAUUAGCAAGGAAGAGUUUUUGUUAAGUGGCCCAAGUGCGCUUGGAAUAUUUGCCACAUCCGCUGGAGUGUCACAGCGUCCACCUAUGCAAUGGUCAGAUCGUUUGACUGCAGUCUGCUUUGUUCAUCCUUACAUUCUGGCCAUGAAUGAUGAAUUUAUCACAGUACAUAGCAUAUUAGACCAGCAGCAAAAACAAGCUAUACCAUUCCAAGGAGGUGUUUUUCUGGGGGAUUUUGAUGGAAGAAUAUUUGUAGCAUCUGGUAGAGAAAUUUACUCUCUAGUGCCAAUACCUUUUGAAAAACAGAUUCAAGCUCUACUGGCAGACAAGCGUGUCACAGAAGCCUUAGAUUUGGCCAGGAAUGCAAACAAAACUGGCAUGUCUAGAGAUAAAUUCCUAAAAAUGUUUAAAACAAUUCAGCAGCAAGCAGCAUUUAUAGAGUUCUCUCGUCAGCAGUUUGAUGAAGCCAGUCAGCUGUUUAAAGAGAGUUCCAUAGAUGUCCGGGAGAUCAUUUGCCUCUAUCCUCACUAUCUCCCAGCCCACUCAAACUUCACCCGAUCAGUGCCUCCACUGCAUGAAAUAGCUGAUAUUAACCAACUGUCAAAGUCGGAUGAAAACCUGAAGGCAGCUUACAAAGAUUUUCUCAAAACUUUUCUGGAGGAAAUUAAAGGAACGAAUUUCGCUCUUGGAUAUAAAAGGGAAGUAGACGUUGCCUUACUGAAGCUGUAUGCUGAGUUGAUGCCAGAGAAACUCUCAGAACUUAUCUCUGUUGACACUGGUUGUGACCUUGGCGACUGUGUGGAGUGGUUGGAGAAGUACAACAGGCUACAUGCCCUUGGUCUGUUGUAUCAGAGACACGGAGAAAGUGACAAAGCCCUGGGUGUUUGGACAAGAUUGGUAGAUAGCCAGACUAGUGAUCCUUCUUUCCCAGGACUGGACUUUGUUGUUGACUUUUUAGCCAACUUGACAGAUCAUGAAUUGUUGUGGAAGUAUGUGGACUGGAUCUUAGAGAAAGAUGAAGAGCUGGGAGUCAGGAUAUUUACAGACCGUCCAACUAGUGAAGCCCAGUCGGAAAGACUCCGACCAGAAAUGGUCAUUGAUUAUCUUCACAGAUUUCCUAAGGCUAUCAUAACAUAUUUAGAGUACCUGAUCUUUCAGAGGAAACUUGAAAAAGAAAAAUACCACACACAUUUAGCGGUGCUCUACUUGGAGGAUGUCCUGAAACUGAUGGAGUCUAACAAUGUGAAGAAAGAGGAGCUGGACAUAGCCAGGUCUAAGUUACGCCACAUGCUACAAAUGUCCAACUUGUACAGAGUUCAGCUGAUUUUAGGCAAGGCUAAAGAAAAAGACAUGCACGCUGAAUGUGCUAUACUUUAUGGCAAGCUGGAAGAACAUGACAAAGCUCUUCGUAUUUUGGUUCACAAACUCAAAGAUUAUGGAGCUGCGGAGAACUACUGUCAGCUGAACUCCCAAGGGAAAGAACCAGGUUAUAGAAAACGUUUAUAUCAUGUGCUGCUGAGUGUGUACCUGGAUCCAUCUUACGAGAGAAGAGAUACUUUGGUGGCACCUGCCAUUGCUUUGUUGAACAGUUCAGUCGCUGACUUUGAUACAUUAAAGGUUCUUCACCUUCUUCCUGACAACUGGUCCAUUGGACUUCUGUCUCAAUUCCUGACGCGAGCUAUGCGGAUGGGCAUGCACAACUACAGAAUGACCCGGAUACAGAGAAUGAUGGCCAGGGGAGAGAACCUGUUAGUGAAGCAAAAUUUCAUUGAGAUGCAAAGGGAGGCAAUUGUCAUGAACGAUGAAAAAACGUGCGCUGUUUGUAAUAGAGCCUUCAACGACUCAACAUUUGUGCGCUAUCCAAACGGAGUUAUAACCCAUGUCCAUUGUGCCAAGAAUAAGUAUGUUUGUCCUGUAUCUGGGAAACUCUUCAGCGUUGGCAAAAGAUGACAGAGCGGGUGAUGAUGCUUUAUGUUUGUAUAGCAGAAUUUAUAGACAAGAAUUUAUAGUAAUGACACUGGCUAGCAUUUAUGGACACACAGUCUUCAAAUGAUUGGUCAAUGACAUUGUUAAAUUAUUAUACUCAAUUGUUUUUCACCACUAACUAUUUAAAAAUGCAUUUUGAUAUGUCACCAAUAUUUGUUACAAAACAUUUGAACAAAAGUAGCUCCCAUUGAGAAUCCUAGUCUAACUAGUUUAAUUAGUUACGCUAGUGACUUUUAGUAGUAAGCCUGUUGUAAAAAAUUUUUUCUGUGUUGAUUCAUUUGUAAUCUUUGUCUAGUCUAGUUGACUAUAGUCAUCUGCAAUCAGUGUGGUAAUCUGACUGUAAAAUUGUAGAGGUUCUUAUGCUAGACAUUCUCUUGAGUACUAAAUUUAUGAUCUCUUAGCAGCGUCUUCUUCUUCCUUCUUAUUUUUUCAUGUCCAAGAGUUCAGACCAGUAUUCCUAUAUCUGAGAUGAACCGUGCAGUGGUUUCCAGAUCAGGCAGUUCUCCAUACAGUCCAUUUCUCUAUUGGAGGGUUUUGGGUCCAGACUCAACAUAAUGUUAUGGCAUGAUUAGGAAUUAAUUAAUAGUUUCUUCCUUCUUAUUUUUUCAUGUCCAAGAGUUCAGACCAGUAUUCCUAUAUCUGAGAUGAACUGCGCAGUGGUUUCCAGAUCAGGCAGUUCUCCAUAUAGUUUUUUUUUCUCUGUUGGAGGGUUUUGAAGCCAGAGUCAACAUAAUGUUAUGGCACGAUAAGGAAUUAAUUAUUUGUUUCGGAAUUAGGGGAAGUUUUGACUAAGUGACAAUGAUGUUACUGGUAAAACAAGGAUAGGGUUUUAGAGUCAGAACUAAAUAGAAGUCGGCGUAAUUAGACUACUUUCAGUACAAUGUAGAAACAAAUAGCAUUUUAUAAAUGUAUAGAGGUAGAU